AUGGCGAGCUCCAACGGCCAUGCGGACUCGUCCAUCGAUAAGCGGGAUUUCGAUGCGAAUCGGCCCUUGCUGGACGAUAUGGACGGAGGAAAUCAUUCUGGACAAGCAAGCCCGAAGCCACGGCGGUCGGGGUCAGGAUCACGACGCUCGCAGAUUUCCGCUGGAGGAAUCAGCCCUGGCGGUGAUGAUGGGCUUCUGAACGAUGUCGUAGAAGGCAUUGUCGAGCGGGACCGACGCAAAAUGCAGAAAGAGGUAGUUCGAAUACUGAGCUUUGCUUGGGGCGUUAUUAGUUGUUUGGGUGCCGGCAGUAUCACGGCGUUUUCCCUGUAUGGCCACCUGCUACUUACUCGUCUCCAUUACUCUCAGCUCCGGGUCAAUGCAGUCUCCAUCGCUGCCGAGAUCUCGAUGUACCUGCUUGUUCCCUUGUUCGGGUACCUGUGUGAUCGCUACAGCCCGGCUCCGCUGUCUUUAUUCUCCGGGGUGGUUUUUGGUCUGGGUUAUCUCCUUGCUGCGUUCACCUACAAGAGCGGGCCACCUCCCGACGUUGGCGGGAACGGCUGGCCGUUCUGGGUGAUGAUCGUGGCGUUCAUUGCCAUCGGAAUGAGUACCAGCUGCAUGUAUCUGUCUGCCGUGGCGACAUGCGCGAAGAACUUUGGCCGUGGCAAGCAUAAGGGAAUUAUGCUUGCUGUCCCCAUCGCAGCCUUCGGUCUCAGUGGCAUGUGGCAAAGCCAAGUGGGCACCUACGUGCUGUGCGAGCGCCGUGUCGACGGAACGUGUGGUGAUGUUGACGUCUUCCGAUAUUUUCUAUUUCUCGCCCUGUUGCUCUUGGCCAUUGGUAUCAUUGGCACGUUUGGGCUGCGUAUUGUUGAUGAGGAGGAAAAGUAUAUUGACGAGACCGUCGAAGAGCUGGAGCGCAGUGGGGUACUUGAAGAAAGUGAUUUCUUCCGUCCUCGAGAUGAAGUGCGUGCUGCGGAAUACGGUACCUUCUCGUCUGCGGCGAAUCACGAGUCUGUGGGGUUGUCGGAUGAAGAGCGGGAAGAGAGACGACGUGAGAAGGAGCGCGAAGAAGAGGAGCGCCGUAAGAAGAAUUGGCUGCUGAACUACGAGACGAGGGCCUUCCUCCAAGAUCACACCAUGUGGUGGCUGGCCGCGGGCUUUUUCUUGGUCACCGGCCCGGGCGAGUCGUAUAUCAACAACCUGGGUACGGUCAUCGCAACCCUGACACCGCAACCCUACCCUCCCAACGCCCCUCCACCAGCCGGGCUCCCAUCAACGCAUGUCACAACCAUCGCAUUAACAUCGACCAUCGCCCGCCUGCUCACAGGCUCCCUCUCGGACUUCUUCGCUCCACCCGCAUCCCACCUCUUCCCCUCAAUCCCAGAAGAAGGGCGUCGACGAUCUACCACGUCCUCAAUGCACAGCUCUACAACAGCCAGUCUCAAUCUUUCCCGCAUGACCUUCCUCCUCCCAUCCGCCCUCCUCCUCUCCAUCGGCUACCUACUCCUCUCUUCCCCACUACCGCUCUCCCAUCCAUCCCUCUUCCAUGUCACCACCGCGCUCGUCGGCUUCGGGUACGGCAGCGCCUUCUCACUAGCCCCAAUCAUAAUCUCCGUCGUCUGGGGCGUCGAGAACUUCGCCACGAACUGGGGUAUUGUUGCCAUGAUGCCUGCGCUCGGUGCUGCCCUUUGGGGCGUCAUCUAUUCCGCUGCUUACCAGAGUGCUCUUGAUGAUGGCUCGGGUUUGGGCUCGCCUGAUGGCCAGUGCCAUGGCUGGAAGUGCUAUGGGUUCUGGUCUGUCGGGUGCACCGUCAGUGUCUGGGUUGCGAUUGUGGUUUGGUUAGCUGCUUGGAGAGGUUGGAAGAAGAGGGGUGUGGUUGUGUAG